GGAGAGGGUAAUGACAUCACAGUAAACAAACAAUAAUUUGAACUCGGCAUUUAAACGGUAAGCUUUCAUAAUAGAAGUGGUGCUUUGGAACUUGAAAUGAUGAAGAAGAUUUAUAAAAAGAACAAAAACACCUGGGAUUUUUUAGAAGAUAGUACCAACUUUUCAGACGUCAGAAACAGGAGGCUGGGAUAUGACUUUGUUGAGAUUUUACCUCCAGAAAUAAGCCUUCAGAUUUUUUGUCAACUGGACCUUAAAAGCUUGUGUAAUGCUGCAGUAACCUGUCAAGCUUGGAACCAUAUUAUUGAAAACUGCGACCAACUGUGGAGGAAUCACUGUAUGACAGUGAGAACCAUCUGUCAAAAAGAGAUUGAUGGUGACCGAGGAGUUGGAUAUUCAUGGAAGGUCACCUUAGUGAGAAACUAUCGCAAAGGGUAUGUGAAAAAACAAUGGCUGAGUGGGUGCUACAGCAACAUUCUUUCUUCUACUGAACUACCAGCCAAGAGCAUGUAUCCUUUGGAUGCUGAAACCUGGGGAGAAAUUUUAGAGGCAGAGCUGGAAAGAUAAUAAACCAGGCUGAAAGUACAGUACUUUCUUUUCAGAUAUCAUGUACAUUAAACAAGUGUCGUUACCAUGGCAUCAAAAGCACCACUGUUUGUUCUUCAAGCACACUUUCCCAUGACAAAGGUAUGUUAACCAUACCGAAACGUUGGGAAGUUGGCUGUUUUGAGCAAAAACGUUUUUUAAAUAAUAUAUAUUGAUAUUUUGUAUUAUUGUUGUUGUACAUCUUUGUUUUUGUAAAUCAAAUAUUGUAUUUUCAUAAAUUUAGACUUUUGGUGGCUGUUUUAGAAGAAAAAGAAAAUCUAUGUUUUUUUUGCAUGUUUUAUUUAUUAUUACAAAUGUAUUUGAAUUUCUGUUAUAAUGAAAUGUCUUUCUAGAAUAAUUGAAAAUUAUACCUGUUUCAUCCUGUACAGUAACUGCUUUAAAUACAGUUAUGAUUAGAAAAUGUUUGUAUGCAUUAUUUUCCAGUAUAAUACAACACAUUUUUACUAUGGCUGCACUAUUUAUAUAGGAAAAGCUGUUUUGUUUUGUUUUUUACAUUCAACUUAAUAAUCUAAAACUACGAUACUGCAUACAAAAUUUGUGCCACUAAAACCCCCUGUUUGUCACAACUGCAGACACCUUAACCAGCCUACAAAUCUGAAGUAUUUGUGACAGGUAACAAGUCAAGGUUCAGUGACCUAUUUUAAUAGGAAAGUAUGAAAAAUGUAUGUUUAUGGCAUACAGGCAAUUUAUUGUGGUCCCCUACAGUUUUACAGUGAAAUCCACUGGUAUAGCUCCAGCAGAUGGUGAUGGCACAUAACAGCCUGAUAGUAAUUUUAUUUUAUAAAGUAUAAGAAAACAGCAAAAAAGUAGCCAAAUUGUGUUUUUUGAACUAGCCAAAAACCAGCACUUACUUAAAAAAUAAAUAAAUUAGCAGACGCCCUUAUCCAGGGCGACUUACAAUUGUUACAAGAUAUCACAUUAUUUUUACAUACAAUUACUAAUUUAUACAGUUUUUUUUUUUUUUUUUUUUUACUGGAGCAAUCUAGGUAAAGUACCUUGUUCAAGGGUACAGCAGCAGUGUCACCCACCUGGGAUUGAACCCACGACCCUCUGGUCAAGAGUCCAAAGCCCUAACCACUACUCCACACUGCUGCAUUACAGUACAAGCAAUGCUAUUUCUGAUCUGAUUAGAUCAAAUGAAGAAUCUUUUAUUCAGAAUGUAGUGUAAAAUUGAAUUUCCCAUAAUUGUCAGCAGAUACAGUCUUUAAAAAUACAUUUUAAAAACAAAAACUAUUUAAUUGUACUGAUACAGUUCUUAAAUUGUGACAAAUACUCACAUGAGUGUCAGUCUUGUGUAAGAAUCCAAAUAUUAAUCAGACCUGAGGAAAGAAGUAGGUGGGUUCACCGUUUUCUUCAGCUGAACUUGUGCGAUUUGUAAUUUUGGUGUACUAUACAGGGAAUUGUGGUGAAAGGAAUAGAAAAAACAUGCAUGAUAAAAGUAGACAAAUUGACAAAGACAGUAUUUACCCACUAGAUGCUUUAAAAGCAAGCCAAAUUUGUCUGGAAAACUGCCAAUCUGGCAGCACUGCAAAUGACCGUCACUACUGACAAUGACUGAGUAGCUUUGAAAUGUUCUUAAUUCUUACUCUGAUUGGCUGUAAUGGUAACAGGGCUAACCAGAGAUUGGAUAAUGUUUUGUUGGGUGGAUUUUUCUUGUGUAUGGUUGCCUAGUAACUGAAGAUGUGGUAUUCUGGGGGAUGUAGUUUUUAGUGAAACUUAGGGGUGACCCUGUCUCCCCCUGGUAUCGCCUCUGCUUUCUCUUCAAACUGCAGAAGUACAGUACCCACUUUUUAAAGGUGGACAUAACGAAGUUGAAUUGGUAUAGACCAAUUUCAAAUGUAUUACUUUGCUCCAAAAUUAUGGAGAGGAUGGUUAAUAGUAGAUCAUGUUACUGUAAAUCGACUUGGAGAUUGGGGUCAGUUCAAAUUCAUUGGCUUGAUUUCAGAGCUCUUUUCAUCAGCGUAUAUAGUGUAUCAAAUCUGGUGCCUUUACUUCUCGUUUUGAUUCUCUUACAAAAAGUGUUUCACAAGCAUCCAUUAUUGACCCCCUUUUAUUUUCCAUUUAUAUUAGUAUUCCUUUGGCAGCUGGUAACUCCUCAGUUCACCUCUAAGCAGAUGAUAUAGUUUUGUAUUCUGUAGUUUACUUGUAUGUCUUUGGUCAUCAAAGAACUGCAACAGAGCAUGAUGAUCAUUGUUGCUGAAUGCUAAUAAAACAAAAUGUAUUGAUCUUUAAUAAAAACUUUACUUCUACAUUGAUUCGAGCUUAUUAUAACAAAUAUAAACCAAGUGGCACUGGAACAUGUAAUAGAGUACAAAUACAUGGGAAUUUGGCUGGGCACUGCUUUAAUUUAUAAAACACAUUCAUUCUGUUCAACAAAAAAUUAAAGCUAAUUUGGGUUUCUUGUAUCAUAAGUUACUACUAGGUAUUUACUAAUUAAAAUGACCUUACUACCAAUUUUGGACUUUGGUGAUGUGUUUUAUAGAUUGGCCCCUAAGAUUGUAUUGAAGAAAUUGGAUACUUUAUAUCUGGGGUUUUCAACCAGGGAUACACAUAUUAUAUUAUGCUGUUACAUCAGUCUUUGCUGCAGUUUGAGCUUUCUUGGCCAGGCCACCAAUGUAAAGGAGAAGUUGUUCUCAACUGUUUAUUUAUUUAUUUAUUUAUUUGUUUAUUUAUUUAUAUAUUUUUUUUAAUCUGGUUCAAUAAAGGAUUUGUUUGAUUGAUUGAGUAACACAGUUUAUGUUAUUGUCUGUUUCAGUAUGGGUUUCCACUCUCAUUCCAGCAUCAGUAUGUUUUUUGUAAUAUUAUUUUAAAACUGUUUUUUAACUGAUUAUUUGUUAUGAUUGUAUGUAUCGGAUUUUCUGUGGACUCAUUAUUCAAAGGCGGCUCUGACAGCUUUUCUUUAUGUAUGGCAGCUGUGGUAGAACACUCCUAGUGAUAGAUUGUGGACAGUGCUCUACCUGGAUCAUGUCAUGCUUUUGAUAGAGAUUGGUAAGAAGGAUGAUGGAAACUUCUUGGUGGUGAAGCUAUGUCACGGAUAGGCUUGGGGUGACAUCAGACCAGCAAAUGAUUGGCAGAACAGGCAGUACUGAGAGGUAUGAAGCGCUGUUGCACGUUUUAAUAAUAAAUAUAAAGUUUUAACAAAACAAAAUACUUGUGAAAGUAAAUGGCACGUUGACCAAAAUAGACAGACAGAUACAAAAACGGAAUACACAACAAACAGUGGACAAACCCCAAACAAGUAUUGCACUGGUCCUUCCAGCACGAGUAGCAAUUGUUUUAUAUUUUCAACUUUCCUCUCCUCUCCUCUCUCUGUCCCAUUGUCCACUGUGAACACACCAAAAGUGAGUGAUCUGUGCCUCUCUAUAUACAGCUGUGCCGGGACUCAAUUGCUAAUCAUUCAAUCUGGCCCUGGCACAGUCUGCAUGUGAACUAAUUGUGCAUUACCUGUGCCCACAUACAAAUAUACCUUUUAACUCACCCAUGCUACAUAACCCAAAUACACCAAAUAAUAUACAAAAUAACCAAAUACACCCAUGGGCGGGGGGUACCCCGUCACACCCUUUCAGGCACAAACAAAGCAAACACUUUUUUACUAAAAAAGAAAACCUUGCCACUGCGGGCACUAGCUUAACUGGGUUUUCAAAACCCAUACAAAUCUGCCUAAUAGGGGGAGCUAACCUCAGGGCAGAACAAAAAUUCCUAUACCAAAAAUACAAGUUAACCACAUUAGCCUUUUGUGGUCUCUCAACUCAAGGCAUUAUAGAGACCCACCUUUUAAGCAGGGUUAUUUCAGGAAGCUUGACUGGUAGACAACAGCCCAUAGGUGUAAACUCUUCGUCUAACAAUUAAGCUUUGUCUAACUUUACCAAGAUGGCCUCCAAGCCCUGCCAACCUCCCUUAUUAGUUAAGGGCAGACAACCCUCUUGCCAGCCCUCAUUGUGCGGGUGUUCACAUACACUGUCUUACAACAUCUAAGGCUCUGGUCUUGUUAUAGGCCCCUCCCAAAUUCUGACCAAAAUAUAGCUCCAGGGGAGCUGACAAGAGUGUCAGUACAUCAGCAUUCUGACCACACUGUGUAGCAAUACCACAACUGACAAGCUGAUUAAUUUUCUGCUAAUUUGAGAUAAAGGGCUUUACAAUUUUAAAUAAAAAUGUCACCCUGUGUUAUUAUAAAUAAUGUUGUGAAAGGUUAUCUAAUCUAAAUGAAAGUUCUUAGCAAGGCACAUUUGUUUGUCAGCAACAGGAACUUGUUGCAGCAAAUAGAUUUUAUGAAGUAAAUGAAGCCCUAGUGAUUAAGUUAUUUUUGGUGAGCCUUGUCAUGGUGAAUUCACACAGCCCUAUAUUUUUUGCAGUCAGGUUAUUUCCAAAUGAUAUGUGUGUACACUUGCUUUUACCAUGACAUCAAAAUGGUCGCUGCACCCUGUGACAUUAACUGUAUUGCAUUAAAAUUGUAUUGAAAAAAAAACUAUAUUGUUGUCAAUA